GCAGGCAGGCAGUCCUGUGGCCGCACCACAGCCCGCUGUGCGGCUUCCCUGCGGUGCCCGGGCAUGGGGGCGCCCCGAGUCCCCACGCGGACCGCGCUCUUCCAGAGCGAGAGGAGCGGCCUGACCUACCGCGUGCCCGCGCUGCUGCCCGUGAGCCCCGGGCCCACCCUGCUGGCCUUCGCGGAGCAGCGGCUCAGCCCCAACGACGCGCACGCCCACCGCCUGGUGCAGAGGUGCGGCACGCUGGCGGGGGGCUCCGUGCGGUGGGGCGCCGCCCAAGUGCUGGGCACCGCGGCCCUGGAGGAGCACCGGUCCAUGAACCCCUGCCCCGUGCACGAUGCACGCACCGGCACCGUCUUCCUCUUCUUCGUGGCCAUACGCGGCCAAACCCCCGAGCUGGCGCAGAUCGCCACGGGCAGGAACGCCGCGCGCCUCUGCUGCGUGACCAGCCGGGACGCGGGGCGCACGUGGGGCAGCGCGCGGGACCUCACGGCGGAGGCGGUGGGCGCCACGGAGCGGGACUGGGCCACGUUUGCCGUGGGCCCAGGCCAUGGCAUCCAGCUGCGCUCGGGCCGCCUGCUGGUGCCGGCCUACACCUACCACGUGGACCGGCGGGAGUGCUUCGGCAAGAUCUGCAGGACCAGCCCGCACGCCUUCACCUUCUACAGCGAUGACCAUGGCCAGACGUGGCACCAUGGCGGCCUCCUGUCGAACCUGCGCUCGGGCGAGUGUCAGCUGGCUGUGGUGGACGGAGGGCAGGCGGGCAGUGUCCUCUACUGCAAUGCCCGGAGCCCCCUGGGCAGCCGUGUGCAGGCCCUCAGCACAGAUGAGGGCACCUCCUUCCUGCCGGGAGAGCUGGUGCCCACCCUAGCCGAGACGGCCCGGGGUUGUCAGGGCAGCAUCCUGGGCUUCCCAGCCCCACCCUCUAAUAGGCCUGGCGAUGAGGGAUGGUCAGUGGGCUCCAGGAAGACUCCCUUUCCUCCAAAUCUCUGUCCUGGAGCCCAUGAAUCCCCGAAGGAGGGGGCUGGAGACACCCAAAGGGGUGGGGGGGUUGGUGGGACUAAGGGACAUGGGGACGGGGCAGAGGGAUCAGGGGACCCUAGCCCAGGGCCUGAGCUCAGUGAGGACAGGAGCGCCUGGCCCCUGCAGCUCCCUAGGCUCCCUGCUGCCCUGCCUCAGAGCCCCACGUGGCUGCUGUAUUCCCACCCAGCGGGACGCAGGGCUCGGCUCCACAUGGGUGUCCACCUGAACAGGUCCCCCCUGGACCCCCACAGCUGGACGGAGCCUUGGGUGAUCUACCAGGGCCCCAGCGGCUACUCUGACCUGGCAUCCAUCGGGCCCACCCCUGAGGGCGCCCUGACCUUCGCGUGUCUAUAUGAGAGUGGAGCCAGGGUGUCCUACGAGGAGAUCUCCUUCUGCGUGUUCUCCCUGCGCGAGGUCCUAGAGAAUGUGCUUCCGGGCCCCGAGCCAACCGGCCUGGGGAGCAAGCCUCGGGAGCAGUGCUGGCCCUCCUGAAGGGCCCUCUGACCAGGCCUGGCCAGGUGCACCCAGGAGGAGGGGGAGGGCAAGGGCCUGGGUGGAGCUCUGGGUGAUCCCGCAAGAAGCACCUUUGACCUUUGACUUCUUCAUGGAGAGCCCUGAGGGUAGGUCUUCAUGAAGGACCCUGUAUAAGGACACAGAAGUUCAGUUUUUUUUUUUUU